AUGGUCAUUCUCGCCGCUUCCGUCUCUACACGAGGCGGUAAGCCCGUCAUCAGCCGUCAAUUCCGUGACAUGCCAAGAUCGCGCAUCGAAGGCCUGCUCGCAUCCUUUCCAAAACUCAUCUCCGCCGGCUCGCAGCACACUUCGGUCGAGACCGAUGCCGUCCGCUUCGUAUACCAGCCGCUCGAGGACCUCUACAUGAUCCUCAUCACCAAUAAAAACUCCAACAUCCUCCAAGACAUCGAAACGCUCCACCUCUUCGCCCGCGUCACGUCCGACAUUUGCAGAUCGCUCGACGAGAGCUCGGUUCUUCGAUACUCCUUCGAGCUCCUAGGUGCGUUCGACGAGAUCGUCUCUCUCGGCUACAGGGAGAAUGUGAAUCUCACGCAGGUCAGGUCAAUCCUCGAGAUGGAGUCGCAUGAAGAGAAGAUCCAGGAGAUCAUCGAGAGGAACAAGGAGAUGGAAGCCAAGGAGGAGCUCAAGCGUCGCGCAAAGCAGCUCGAGAUGCAGCGCAGGGACGCCGCUCGUCGUGGGCAGAUGGGCGGGAACUCUGGCGGGUUCGGCCAGUCGGGCGGAUUUAGCUCGAAUCGCUUCGAGCCACCACCUACGCAGGCGCCUGUACAGACCGGCUUCUCGUCCAGUUCCACACCCGCUGCCAAGCCGUUCAAGGGCAAAGGCAUGCAGCUGGGCAAGAAGUCCAAGGGUGCCGACCUGCUCGGCGCCAUGGGCGGCGAUCUGGCUGCUGCGGCCGCCGCGGCGGAUGAAGAGCUCACCGCUGCUGCCAACGCCGCCUCCGCUUCGCUGGCUGCUGCAGCUUCGGCCCCGUCAGCGCGUGCACCAGCAGCGACACCAGCCGCCGUCGACCCGCUCGACCUCCUCGAGCCCGUCCACCAAGAGCCCGUUCACAUCGUCAUCAAGGAGCGCAUUUCCAUCUCAGGCAACCGCGAUGGCGGUCUCGAGUCGCUCGAGAUCAAAGGCGACCUUCUUCUCAAGAUCACCGACCCGUCUCUCGCCAAGGUGCGCGUCCAGCUCUCUCCACCGGAUGCCGACAACCUCGUCCUCUCCGCUGGCGACUUGCAGUUCAAGACGAACCCUCAAGUGGACAAAGCGGCGUGGACAUCGGAUCGGGUGAUUGCGCCACGCGACGCACGCAAGCCGUUCCCAGUCAACCAGUCGCUCGGCGUCCUCCGCUGGCGUAUGGUGACCAAGGACGAAACGGCUUUGCCGCUGAGCAUCAACUGCUGGCCUUCACCCAACGGCGAAGGCGGUUGCGAUGUUUCCAUCGAGUACGAGCUCGAGAACGAGACUCUCGGUGAAUUGCGGAGCGUCAUCAUCGCCAUCCCUCUUCCGGAAGGGUCCGUGCCAUCCGUCGAAUGCCCCGAAGGAAGCUGGGCGGUCAACGACGAGACUAACAAUCUCGAAUGGUCCCUCGAGAGUAUCAGUGGCAGCAACAAAUCGGGCAGUCUCGAGUUCAGCAUCACGGAAGGCGCAGACAACGUGGACGUGUUCUUCCCCGUCGUGGUCGACUUCGUCUGCGAAAAGACCCUGUGCAAUGUCACGGUCGCAGAUGUGGUGCUGACGGACACCAGCAGCCCGACAAAGUUCUCCCAACAGUCGGUGCUCAGCGCCGAGACGUAUGUCAUCAACUGA